CCCGCUUGGACACGCGCUUGGAGCACACGAGUGCGGAGCAACGACGACGGGCCGCGGCGACGACGACGACGACACGGGCGCUCUUCUCGACAGCAGUGACGGCUUCCUCGGAGCAGGCGGCGGAACAGCCCGACCGACGACUCGAAUGACUCGCGCGUGUCGCUCGUAGCGGAAGCCGCGCUUCCGCUAGUCCCGCUACUCCCGCUGUGCCCGGGUCUUCCUCUACUCCCCCCCCCCCCCUCUGCCGCGUGAUCUCUUCCCCGUGGUGUGGUGGUACGCGAGGCCUCGGGGCCCUUAAGUCGCUUUGUUGCGUGCGUGAAUCGCGCAGUGUGGUGCGUGAAUCGGCGUGAAUUGUUCGGUGCGCAGUGGUGAGGGCGACAAAGCGAGAUUUCCGGGGCUCCUCUGUAAGAGAGAGAGAGAGAGAGAGAGUGCCGAUCUUGCACGGUACGGGCGUGCGGGGUGAUCAGGUGCGUUGCAGUGCGAUAGUGAGUCUCGGUGAGUUUCCUGCCCGUCGGCGGAUGUUGAAUGUGUCAGCAUCAGCAUGGAGAACCAGACCACGGGAAUGGACCAGUUCUGCGGCACCAAGUUCUGGGAUGCUAAUCUCACAUGGAACACAAACGAUCCAGAUCUAACAGAAUGCUUCCAAAAGACGAUAUUAAUAUGGGUACCGUGUAUAUUUCUAUGGACGUUUUCGGCGAUGGAAGUGUAUUACAUUUUAAAUAGCAAAAAGAGAAACGUCCCGUAUACAUGGUUAUUUAUUUCUAAGCAAGUACUUACAGUAGGAUUAAUUUUACUGUCCAUAGUCGACUUAGGAGUGGCGAUACAUGAAAGUACUUAUCGUACGGUCUACAGUGUUGAUUAUUGUACACCUAUUGUGAAAAUUGUUAGCUUUAUGUUAGUAUCAACUUUAAUGCAAUACAAUAGAAAAUAUGGAAUGCGGACGUCAGGUCUUUUAUUCCUAUUUUGGUUUCUCCUUGCGUUAUGUGGAUGCGUCCAAUAUAGAAGCUUUGUAAACGAAUUCAUUGAAGGGGCAGAGCCGACGUACCCAUUGGUGUCUUACAUGAUCUACUAUCCAAUAGUAGUGAUAUUGUUUGUACUUAAUUUUUUGGUUGACGCAGAACCUAAAUUUUCCGAAUAUCCAACGGUUGAAUCGCCAUGUCCAGAACAAAGUUCUUCUUUCCCCUCGAGAAUUCUUUUUGCAUGGUUCGACUCGUUGGCAUGGAAGGGUUUUCGAAAACCGCUCGAAACUUCCGAUCUGUGGUCCAUGAAUCCGGAAGACAUGGCCGCAGAGAUUGUUCCGAAAUUCGACAAAUAUUGGAAUAAGAAUGUAAAAAAGACAGACGAGCUGAUUUGGACUUACUUUAGAGUAGAAAGUACAAAGGCGUCGUACCGAAAAGCAUCUGGUGGACAAGUGGAUUUUAACAGUAGCCGAAAAAAGAAAAUUGCUUCCAUCUUACCGCCUAUCUGCAAAGCUUUUGGAGCAACAUUCAUGUUUGGUGCAUUCUUAAAACUGAUUCAAGAUGUUAUGACUUUUAUUAGCCCAGAAAUAUUAAAGCUUUUGAUUGACUUCAUUGAAGGCGAUCAGUCGAUGUGGAAGGGAUAUCUUUAUGCUGUGUUACUUUUGGUUACGGCAAUACUUCAGACAUUAGUGCUGUCCCAAUAUUUUCAUCGUAUGUUCUUGGUCGGACUGCGCAUACGCACCGCGUUAAUCGCGGCCAUUUACCGCAAAGCAUUGAGAAUGUCGAAUGCGGCAAGGAAGGAGUCUACGCUCGGCGAAAUAGUGAACUUAAUGUCCGUAGAUGCUCAAAGAUUCAUGGACCUAACCGCUUACAUAAACAUGAUUUGGUCGGCGCCACUGCAAAUAGCCUUAGCCUUAUAUUUUCUCUGGAAUAUAUUGGGGCCGGCUGUACUUGCCGGUUUAGCAGUUAUGAUUAUACUUAUUCCUAUAAACGGAUUGAUCGCCAACAAAGUGAAGACGUUACAAAUUAGACAAAUGAAGAGCAAAGACGAGAGAGUGAAGUUAAUGAACGAAGUACUUAACGGUAUCAAAGUAUUGAAGCUCUAUGCGUGGGAACCUUCGUUUGAACAGCAGAUACUUAAAAUCAGAGUCAAGGAAAUUCAAGUGUUAAAAGAAGCGGCGUAUUUAAACGCUGGUACAAGUUUUAUAUGGUCGUGUGCGCCCUUUUUGGUAUCUCUGGUAUCUUUUACAACUUACGUACUUAUUGAUGACAAGAACGUCUUAACUAGUAAAAUUGCUUUUGUCUCGCUCAGUUUGUUUAACAUCUUAAGAUUUCCAUUGUCUAUGCUGCCUAUGAUGAUAGGUAAUAUAGUUCAAGCUUACGUCUCUGUAAAACGUAUUAAUAAAUUUAUGAACAUGGAAGAACUGGAUCCUAACAAUGUACAACACGAUCCGUCGGAACCGCACGCGUUAGUAAUUGAGAACGGUAACUUCUGCUGGGAUAGCGAAGAAAUCGAGAGACCAAUACUACGAAAUAUCAAUCUCCAUGUAGAACAAGGUCAAUUAGUAGCAAUAGUUGGUACAGUGGGAUCAGGCAAGAGUUCUCUUUUGUCUGCUCUGCUUGGCGAGAUGGACAAAAUAAACGGGAAAGUAAAUACAAAAGGGUCAAUUGCGUACGUCUCGCAGCAAGCGUGGAUACAAAAUGCGACAUUACAAGAGAACGUUUUGUUUGGAAAAGCCUUUAAUAAAUUGAUAUAUAAUCGUGUGAUUGAAGCAUGUGCGUUGACUCCGGACUUCAAGAUGCUACCUGCGGGAGAUCAAACGGAGAUCGGAGAGAAAGGCAUAAAUUUGUCCGGCGGUCAGAAGCAGAGAGUAGCCUUAGCUAGAGCUGUAUAUAAUGAUUCGGAAAAUUAUUUCUUAGAUGAUCCUUUGAGUGCGGUGGAUUCGCACGUAGGGAAACAUAUUUUUGAGAAAGUGAUAGGCCCAAACGGCCUGUUAAGGAAGAAAACUAGAAUACUUGUUACACAUAGCAUCACGUACCUGCCGGAGGUCGACAACAUUAUUGUUCUUAAAGACGGCGAGAUAACUGAGAGCGGUACUUACAAGCAAUUGCUGGAGAAGAAAGGCGCUUUCGCCGACUUUUUAGUGCAGCACUUACAAGAAGUUGGAAAUCUGCACGUUGAUGAUGGUUCUGAAGCAGAUUUACGCGAAAUUAAACAGCAACUUGAAUCGACAAUGGGGGCAGACGAAUUGCAACAAAAGUUAACUCGAGUACGAUCUAGGAUAUCUGAGAGUCUAAGUGAAUCCGAUAGAAAUUCUGUGGCUGACAGAAAAUCACUUAAUGGUUCUCUGACAAGGCAAUACUCGACGGAAAGUCAGCAAUCGGUGAAUUAUGUGCAUAGCAAUAGUACAAAAGAAAAAGAAGCAUCAAAGCCUAACAAUGUUGGGGAGAAGCUGAUAGAGAUUGAAAAAGCUGAAACUGGAAGUGUAAAAUGGAAAGUGUACUCCCAUUACUUAAAGUCCAUUGGAUGGUUUUUGUCGAUAUCGACAAUCGUAAUGAACGCGGUCUUUCAGUCGUUUAGCAUCGGGUCGAGCGUUUGGCUCAGUGUCUGGUCGAACGACAAUCAGACCACUGGAAAUAACACGAUUGACACAGCGAAGCGAGACAUGUACCUCGGAGUGUAUGGCGCACUCGGUUUUGGUCAAGCCCUUUUUGUAAUGAUGUCACAGUUAACUAUGAUUGUUGGCUGUCUACGGAGCAGUAGACUACUUCAUUGUGACUUGUUAUUCAACAUUCUACGAUCACCUUUAGGAUUCUUUGAUACUACACCGUCCGGCAGAAUAUUAAAUCGUUUUGGGAAGGAUGUUGACGUAAUAGACAACGUUCUACCUCAUGUUCUUAGGGCUUGGUUGAUGUGUCUAGCAUCGGUAUGCGAGAAUUUUAGCGUGACAGUAUUUGCAAUGGCGCUAUUCCUGGCUAGAGGGACGGUACUCGCUUCUAGGCGUAUCUUCGAGAGUACGCUGCAACACGUUCUUCGCAACCCAAUGUCAUUCUUUGACACAACUCCGAUUGGCCGAAUUCUUAGUCGGCUUGGUAAAGACAUUGACGUUAUUGACAAUAUCCUACCGAUGAUUCUGCGUUCUUGGCUCACUUGUCUCUUUUCGGUGAUAGCCACUCUCGUUGUUAUAAGCUACAGUACACCUAUAUUUGUUUCGGUGAUACUGCCAAUAGGCGCGAUUUACUACUUUAUUCAACGUUUUUACGUUGCUACAUCGCGUCAAUUAAAACGAUUAGAAUCUGUGUCGAGAUCUCCUAUAUAUUCGCAUUUCAGUGAAUCGGUAACUGGUGCGCAAAUAAUUAGAGCGUAUGGCGUGCAAGAACAAUUUAUCCGUGAAUCUGAAAAUAGAGUGGAUUUCAAUCAAGUGUGUUACUUUCCUAGUAUUAUUGCAAACAGAUGGCUGGCCGUGAGAUUGGAGAUGGUUGGAAAUUUAAUUAUAUUCUUCGCAGCUCUAUUCACUGUUUUAGGUAGAGACACUAUGAGUUCAGGUCUCGUUGGUCUAUCGGUCAGCUAUGCCUUACAAAUUACACAGACCUUAAACUGGCUGGUGCGUAUGACGUCCGAUGUUGAGACUAAUAUUGUCGCAGUAGAAAGAAUCAAGGAAUACGGUGAAACAACGCAAGAGGCGCCCUGGAAGAACACGGAGUACAUGCCUUCGAAAGAGUGGCCUAAACACGGUCGUGUUGAUUUCAAGGAUUUCAAAGUACGCUAUAGGGAGGGAUUGGAUCUCGUGCUGAACGGCCUGACGUUCAGCGUUCUCGGUGGUGAGAAGAUCGGCAUAGUAGGCAGAACCGGCGCCGGAAAAUCGUCCCUGACAUUAGCGCUCUUUAGAAUAAUUGAGGCGGCCCACGGGAAGAUUUUGAUCGACGACAUUGAUAUUUCGAAACUGGGCCUUCACGAUCUGCGCUCAAGAUUGACUAUUAUUCCUCAGGAUCCCGUUUUGUUCUCUGGAACGCUAAGGAUGAAUCUGGAUCCCUUCGAUUGUUACUCCGACGAGGAAGUCUGGAGAGCGUUAGAGCACGCUCAUUUGAAAUCAUUCAUAAAAAAUUUGCCAAGCGCUCUUUUACAUGAGGUUUCUGAAGGCGGGGAAAAUUUAAGCGUAGGGCAAAGACAGUUGAUCUGCUUGGCGAGAGCAUUGCUUAGAAAAACGAAAGUACUCAUAUUGGAUGAAGCAACAGCCGCGGUUGAUUUAGAAACAGAUGAUUUAAUUCAGACUACCAUUCGCCAAGAAUUUAAGGAUUGUACAGUUCUCACAAUAGCCCACAGGCUCAACACCAUUUUAGAUUCUGAUAGAGUGAUCGUAUUGGACAAAGGUCUGAUUGUCGAAUAUGAUUCUCCGGAAGUGCUACUUCGCAAUUCAUCUAGCUCUUUUUACAGUAUGGCUAAGGACGCAGGUCUAGCUGCUUAAACAAAACAAAUUCAUAUCAUGAUUACUUUUAGUGGUUAUAUUAUACAUUAUCCGCGAGCCAAUGUCGAAAUAAACGACACGCAGAAAGCCAUAGAACGAAAAAGGCGUAAAGCCUUAGCAUAGAUUAAUUUGUAUAGUGAAAUAUUUCUACGCAAAACAAGCGAGAGCGUUUCAUGUAACCGAUGGUGCAAGAACGUUGAAGUUUCAUCAGAAUUGUUCUUGCUAGAUCUUAUUGAGUGAUAACUCUCCGCAAUUUUACUGUUGAUUAUCGAACCUUAUAUAUUCUAGAUUAAGUUUUGUAGCAUCUUUCAUCAUACGAAACAAACAACGCAACACACCUCGUUUUGAAACUAGCGUCGAUAUCCAAUCUAAUUUUAACUGGGCAAUGGUCGAGUGGAUUCCUAUUUGAACAAUAUGUCAUUUUUUAAUAAAGUAUUAAUGCAUUAUUCAUGGCGUGCUCUCUCUCUUUAUAUUUUAUAUACCUUUUUAUAAUAAAAUUAACGUACUUAAUUUCAAACAUUUUUAUGAAAGCAUUACUAUAGUUUUUUAUCUGUUUUGUCCGUAUUUGUAGAGCAACAAUAUUUAAUUAAUUGCAUAAUAUAUAAUAAUUAAUAUUAUAUCAAUAUUACUAUAUUUAAUAUUGAUACAAUAAUAUUGUAAUAUUAUUAUAUCAUUAUUCUGCAGGGUAUUUAAAAGUAGAAUAUUAUGAAUGAUGUAUUUACCGCCUUUUAUAAUAUUGAAUAAUUUUUAAAUAAAUAAGUUUUUUAAGUAACUUUUGCAAGCUAAAUAGUUGACUAGAAAUAUGUUUCUAAAAUAUUUGAUAGGAAUCCUUAUACUCGACAACUUUUGAGUUAAAUUAUGCCCAUUCAAAUAGUUCCAACUUAUUGAAAUAAGCCUUAAUAACAACGCGAUCAAUAAUAAAGUGCGUGUUCACUCAAAAAAAGAAAAGAACAAAAGAAAAAGAAUAACCCAGAUUAUCCUAAAUAACCCAUUAAUUUAGAUAAAUAAAUUUCAAAAUAGUUUUCAUAAAUACUGCUUUAACAAUAUUUGGAAUGUGUUCUGUAUAUUUAAGAUUUAAGCACACAUGAAUUUUUUUCAUGUAUUAUAUCGUUCAUUCAGAAAAGUGCAUUUUUUAUUUUUUUUUUCAUUUUUCUUUAACACAUGACAAUCAGUCGCAAUACUAUUAUUUGUUUUUAUUUUAUUAAAUUACAUACAUUGUUAAUAAAUGGAACGAAGUAUAUUUGCUGCAUACUUAUUGGAUACAAGUUAAUUUUAAAUCGAACCAUUCAAUACCACUGAUGUGAUGUAAUAUUUUAUUUUUAUAUAAAUCAUUCGUUAAAGCAAUGGCGUUGCAAUGGCAAUUUCAAUUUAGUAUACAUUUGUAUGCAGCAAAAGUAUUUUGGGAAAUAAUGUGACAUUACAUUUUACUGUAUAUACUCUAUCACUUUAUAAAAUUUCAUGUAUUAUCCAAAGUAUAUAUAUUAUAGUGGACUAACAUCUGUGCCUAUUUUACAAAGAUCAGAGAAAUCGCAUUUAGCAUCGUUUUUUUUCUUUUCAAAUGGUUUGAUCGCGUUCAUAGGUGAAUCAUACUUUAGUCAGUGUUUUCUUAAACUGUUUACUAUUUUGUAUAGCAGUCGUAUAUGUACUAGAUUUGUAUAGCAUUUUAAUCUCUUUAAUAUCGCAUAUUGCUAGAUUAUCACUGAAUACUUUCGAGAGUAUUAAUAUUGCGUUAAACUUGCCUUUUUUAAUUAUAUUAUUAUUUUGUAUUUGUUACUUUACUCGUAAAAGUAAGGCUGCUAAAAAUGAGGUUUAGAGAUCACUCUACAAUCGUCUAGUGCCUAUUAAAGUUCCAUCAUUUGGAAGUAAUAAUUUAAUAUUCACGAGAAAAGAUACAUACAUAUACACAUACACAUAUAUAUGUAUAUAUGUAUGUAUAUAUAUAUAUAUAUAUACAUACAUAUAUAUAUAUAUAUAUGGCCCUCAAAAAAGCGAUAGCUACCUAUUACUUAAAACGGAACAAAAGUGAUGUUUGUCAUAAUAAGCAUAUUCGAGUUAUGAUAUAAAUAUAAAAGCCAAACCGCCAAAUAAACCAAGUUUUGCCAACAUGUUAACUUGCAAUCAAUAUAAUCUACUUGAGCCUUUUUCGCAAAAUUGCAAAACUUGCAGAUCUGGUGUAACCAGAUUAUGACUAGCAAAUAUUUCAUUAUUCUGGCUGUAAGUUCUAAAUUCAUACCCUCUUUGCAAUUUUAUUAGUAAAUUAAAAUUUUAGCAAGUUAACAAUUAAAAUCAAAAUGUAAAAUUUAAAAAACUAUCCGUUCAUUAAACUGUCAUGUGGCGAUUUAUAUUCAAUAUUAUUAAAAGUUUCAUUGUUUUAUGAAACUUGGCUUUUAAUAUAUUCGUAUAAAACUUUCGUUAUGUAUGAUUUAUAACAUAUAUGCGGAAUUUGUUUCUUAUACAAAGUUUCUUAUGCUAAAAUUAGAAAUUUAUAAAAUUUUGUCUUGCCAUUCGAAAAACUAUAUUAUAUUUAAAUAUAAUAAGAUAUUUUAUCUUUUGCCUAACUCUUUCGAAUUUAACGACGUAAUAAACCAUGUGUCGGAUGUAUCUUGAUUGAAUUAAAAUAAAAAUUUACGAUUUAAUAUUCAGAGAUUGCUUGAAAAUCUAACUCAAAAGAGUUAUACAAGAUUAAUUAUUUAUUACGAUUAUAUAUUGCGAAGAGAAGAUGCAAAAUUGUAAUCAUUGUUAGUAUAAAUUAAACCACUUAUUAUUUUUAAAUUUUUACUUAGAGGUUACGUUCACGGCUUCAGCUAAAUUAUUUCUUGUUUUUAGCAUGCGCAUCUUGUUAACUUUUCGAAUCUCGAGCACAAACAGCAGGAAUCGUACAUUUCAUUUAAUUCUUUUUUUGCGUUCGUUAUUGUUUAAGGUAUUUAAUACAUACCUGACGUUUUCCCAGUGCCGAUUUAUUAUGUAAAUACUAAAACAGAAAAAAUAUGUAAACGCGCAAUAAUCUUCGAUAUCGGUUUUAAUCUGUACCGUUCUUCUUAUGCGACAUGUACUUUAGACAUAAUGCUAAUCAUUAAAAAAAAUGUUUAAGCCAGAAAAUAAAAAGAUUCUACUAUAUUGUAUUACACGCGCAUGUGAAAGAGCUUACUAACAAUUGCAAUAAGCGCGGAAGGAAAAGUGCCUUCUUGUAAGACAAAGAAAAAGAAAAAAUUGCAGGAAACCGAGACGUACCGUUUAUAGUAUAAAUUUAGAAAUUUGUCUAUAUAUUUAAUUUUUUUCCACGCGUGCUUCUCUUCUAUAUACGUAUAUAAUCUAAUUGUUGUAAAAUUUGAUAGAAUCCCAGCUGUUAUCGCUUCCAGCUGGUCUUGCGUUUUGUUAUGCGUCCUUUAAUACGUAAGAUAUAUAUGUAUAAUAUAUUGUUUCUCAUCCGUUUAUCAAUGAUGUAAGAAUGAAUUAGCUUAGAUCGAUCGUUCGUCGAUUUUGAACGCGUAAAUUUAUCGUAUAUAAUUGUUUUACGUAAGUUUUGUAAGUUCUUGCGUAUCACUUAAGAAGUAGUAAAAAUAACAAUUAGGAGACA